AUGAGGUCCUCAGCCCACAAGUCCCCCAACCCGGACGAGAUAGCGCCGUCUUCGUCCAGGGCCCUAUCAAUUCGGCGUCGCCUCGACCAGUUUGGUAGCAAAUGCCUUGAACCAUUUAGCCGCAAAGGUCGCAAGACUGGGUUGUUAAAGGCGGCCUUGUCGACUCGUCCUGGGAGUGCCACCACCACAAAACUCCCCGAAGAUGCUAUUCCAGGCGGCCGUGCCAGGAAAAGUACACCAGGAUGCCCGCAAGCGAGCCUGUUGCUGUGGGAUCGUGCGUACGAUGCCCUGAAGGAGAAGGAUCGUUUGCUGGUGGAAGAAUACGAGGCGCUCCUGUCCAGGGAGCUCCCGGCGACGAAUGCCGAAUACACUAGCGAAUCUUCUACCUACACCGACACAGCAUGCAGAGACGGCCAAUACUCGGUACACGAUUUCAAUCCCGCCGCCCGUCAGGUUCAGAUGAUGGCGAUAGCCGAGGGCGCUCUAGCCCGAUUGGACGCGAAAGCAAUCCAAUACCGCAUCUUCGGACGCACCUACGUACUCAAGGACCAGAUCACAGAAGCCGUAAAGGUGGUGGAGCAGCUCAAAGGCAUCAUUGGGGAGGCCGUCAAGGUGUCUCCCCAGGCUUCCGUCGCCUGGGCUGGCAUCUGUGUCGUCAUUCCGCUCCUAGCAAACCCGAGCGCCCAGGACACGGCCAACCGAGAUGGAUUCACCUACGUCGCAAAUCGCAUGGGUUAUUACACUGCGCUUGAGCCCCUGUUAUCUCGUCUUCUUCACGACUCGUCCGGCGCCAAAACGGCCAAUGAUAACCUGGCAGCCAGAUGCAACGACAAUAUCGAGCAUCUGUAUCAACACAUUCUAGAGUUUCAGCUUCGAAGCAUCCGACACUACCAUCGGCAUUGGCUCUGCGGUCUCGCCCGUGACACGAUCGCGUACGAUGGCUGGAAGCAGACGCAGCUCAAGGUCCAGGAGCUUGAAAAGGCUGUCUCUUCGGAUCUCUCGCAAAUCAACGCCCUUUCGUCGAGGCAAGAACUAGAGUCCCUGAGCAAGACGGCCGAUGAUUCUUUCCAGGUGCUCCGCCAGGUCCUCCUCACCAACAAGGACCAUCUUCGAACGACGGGGGAAGUCCGAGAUUUGCUGUCAGAGAAGCAGCAGAUUGAGAAGGAACAUCAGGCCCAAAAAUGUCACCAAACCUUCCGCCUCACACGAGGCGGAACCGAAGACGAUUCUUACGAGUGGUACAAGGGAAGAGUCGAAGAUCGUGUUGAGGGCACGUGCGAGUGGUUCCUCAAGCAUGAGAACUUCCAAUCAUGGCUCAAACGGGAUACGGGACCUCUUCUCGUAUCUGCGGAUCCCGGAUGUGGAAAGUCGGUCCUAGCCAAGUACCUUAUCGACCGCGUCUUACCUUCUAGAGGAGAAGCCAAUACUUGUUAUUUCUUCUUCAAGGACCAAGAUCAGAACACCCUCUCGCAGGCUCUCUGUGCCCUUCUUCACCAGCUCUUUUCCCAACAACCAGCCUUGAUUUGCCACGCAAUGCCAGGGUUCGCCGAGAAUGGUUUCAAGAUUGUGACUAAUACCAAGUUGCUGUGGGAUAUCUUAGAAGCUGCUACCGAAGAUUCUGCCGCUAAACCGACGACUUUUGUCCUUGACGCGCUGGACGAGUGUGUGGAAACGGACUUUCGGGAGCUGAUGCGACAGUUGACGGCCUUUUUCGUUGGGAAGUCGGUUGCGUCACGGAGAGUCAAGUUCCUAUUAACCGGGCGGCCAUAUUCUACAGUCCUAUCGGGCUUCCGGGAGUUGGUGGAUGCGUUUCCCUACAUUCGAAUUCCAGGAGAAGACGAAAACCACUCUGAUGCCAUCAGCAAUGAAGUGGACCACGUCAUUAGGCAUCGAGUCCGAAAACUGGAUCUUUCAAAGCACAUCGAGGGCUACUUGGAGCAGCGCUUGGUGAACGUUGUUCAUCGCACCUACCUCUGGGUAUACCUUGUAUUUGAUUACUUGCAGGCAGAAGGCUUCCAGAAAACGAAAAUGGGCGUUGACUUGGUGCUUCAAAACAUUCCAACGACUGUCAACCACGCGUACGAGAAGAUCCUCGCAAGGCACAAAGACUCUCCAAUAGCUCAAAGGAUCUUUAGCAUUAUCUUGGCAGCAAGUCGGCCAUUGACCAUGGCUGAGAUGAACGUCGCUGUUAUCAUCAAUCUCUCAUCGGGUUCCAGGGACGACCCUGAGCUCGAGAGUGAAGACGACUUCCGUGAAACUCUCCGACGUGUCUGCGGCUUGUUCGUCUCCAUAUACCAUGACAGGGUCUACUUCCUUCACCAAACCGCCAGAGAGUUCCUCCUCGCAACGCCACCAUCGUCUGGACAUGCCGUGCCGCCUUGGAAGCAUUCCAUCACAAUGCGCCAAGCCCACACGGUUCUCGCCGAAAUCUGCGUGUUUUAUCUGGACUACUUGAUGCCCCACAGCUCUCUUGAAGAGUUGCAUAGGAUAUCCCAAGUCAACGACGGAGAAAACGAUAAGAACGACGAUGAAUACCCCCCUCUCCUGGGCUAUUCGGCUCUGUAUUGGGGUAUGCAUUUUCGAGAGGCCGCUGUUGAAGAGGACUUCGUGAUAAUACCGUCCGCAUUACGAAUCUGUGACGAGACGUCAAAAUGUUGCCCGGCGUGGUUCUACCUAUACCGAAGGCACUUGGACCAUACCCUUCCCGGGGGCAUGUCAGGUCUUGCAAUAGCCUCGCAUUUUGGGCACGAGACUCUUGCUGCGCUUCUGCUCGCGAAGGGCGCCGACGUCAACGCCGUUGACAGUAACGACUUCACGGCACUCCACAUGGCCACUCUUCAGGGCGACAAAGCUGUCGCUGAACUGUUGAUUAUGAAGGGCGCCGAUGUCGACACCGCGGGUUCCUCCUACUGGACGCCACUUCAACUAGCCGUUAUGCACGGGGACAAAGCUAUGAUCGACCUGUUGAUGACGAAUGGGGCUUGUGUCAACAAGGGUGGGCACGCUCAGACGCCACUCCAUCUAGCGGCAAAGGAAGGGCAUAAGUCUAUUGUUGACCUGUUAAUUACAAAUGGGGCCGAUAUCGAAGGGGAUGAUUUUGGCGAGACGCCACUCCAGUACGCGGUGGGGGAAGGGCAUAAGGAUAUCGUUGACCUGUUGGUUGCGAAUGGGGCCAACGUGGAUCCUACGGAUCGGGGUUGGAGUUUAACGCCACUCCAGUGCGCGGCUAAGGGAGGGCAUGAGGCUAUUGUUGAUUUCUUAGUUGCAAAAGGGGCCGACAUCGACCGGACGAUUUCCCACGCCCAUUUAAACAUACAAACAAAAGGGUAUAAAGCUAUUGUUGACCUGUUACUUGCGACUAGGGCUAACGUCGAUAUUAGAAAUUAUGAUUGGAACUUGACGCCACUCCAGCACGCGGCUAAGGGAGGGUAUAAGGCUAUUGUUAACUUGUUGAUUAGGAAUGGGGCCGAUAUCGAGCGGGGAGGGUUGGGCGAUCCGCCACUCCAGCUGGCGGUAAAGGGAGGGCACAAGGCUAUCGUCGACCUCUUAGUCGCGAAUGGUGCUAAAGUCGAUACUAAGGGUAGGGUGAUAGAUCUACGCCAAGGGUAA